CGCCCCGAGCCCGGCGAGCUGAGCGGAGCCUGGGCAGUGCCGGCAGCAUGAGGAGCGACGCCGCAGCUGCAGCCGUGGGUCCGCGGGACGGGCGGAGCAGGAAUAACAUGUGUGGAAAUUGUCACURUUGUUGAUCACCUGUACCCCAGCACAAGAGCUGCAGCCUCACCCUCUCCAAAGGCUUCUCAAGAACAUGGGGGAAAACGAUGAUGAAAAAUACAAUCAAGCUGGCCAGAUAUUUGAAAACUUUGUACAAGCAUCAACAUGCAAAGGCACCAUYCAGGCCUUCAAUAUUCUCACUCGCCAACUCGACUUAGACCCUUUGGACAAUAGAAACUUUUACACCAAACUGAAAUCAAGAGUGACCACGUGGAAGGCCAAAGCUUUGUGGAACAAGCUUGAUAAAAGAGCGAGUCACAAAGAGUAUAAACGAGGAAAAUCUUGUAUGAACACUAAGUGUUUGAUUAUCGGCGGUGGCCCCUGUGGCCUGAGGACUGCCAUCGAACUCGCCCUCCUGGGAGCCAAAGUGGUGGUGGUGGAGAAGAGGGACACCUUCUCCAGGAACAACGUGCUGCACCUCUGGCCUUUCACCAUCCACGACCUCCGGGGACUGGGAGCAAAGAAAUUCUAUGGAAAAUUCUGUGCAGGAUCCAUCGAUCACAUCAGUAUUCGACAGCUUCAGCUCAUCCUCUUCAAAGUUGCACUCAUUCUGGGAGUUGAAAUCCACGUGAACCUGGAAUUUGUGAAAGUCCUGGAACCUCCUGAAGAUCAAGAAAAYCAAAAGACUGGUUGGAGGGCUGAGUUYCUGCCCAUGGAUCACCCUUUGUCAGAGUAUGAGUUCGAUGUUAUCAUCGGUGCAGACGGCCGCAGGAACACGCUAGAAGGCUUCAGGAGGAAGGAGUUUCGUGGAAAGCUGGCUAUAGCAAUCACUGCCAAUUUUAUUAACAGAAACACAACUGCAGAAGCCAAGGUAGAAGAAAUUAGUGGUGUUGCUUUCAUUUUCAAUCAGAAGUUCUUCCAGGACCUUAAAGAGGAAACAGGGAUUGACCUGGAGAAUAUUGUUUACUAUAAAGACAGCACUCAUUAUUUUGUGAUGACAGCAAAAAAGCAGAGUCUUCUGGACAAAGGAGUGAUUAUUAAUGACUCCAUUGACACGGAACUGCUGCUCUGUGCAGAAAAYGUGAACCAGAGCAAUUUGCUGUCCUACGCCAGAGAAGCCGCUGACUUUGCAACCAACUACCAGCUGCCUUCCUUGGAUUUUGCAAUUAAUCACUACGGCCAGCCAGACGUAGCAAUGUUUGAUUUUACUUCCAUGUAUGCAUCUGAAAAYGCUGCCCUGGUGAGAGAGAGGCACAGACAUAAGCUCCUGGUGGCACUUGUUGGAGACAGUUUGCUUGAGCCCUUCUGGCCGAUGGGUACUGGCUGUGCACGAGGGUUCCUGGCUGCCUUUGACACGGCGUGGAUGGUGCGGGGCUGGGCUCAGGGGAAGCCYCCGCUGGAGAUCCUGGCUGAACGAGAGAGUAUUUACCGACUCUUGCCUCAGACGACCCCUGAAAAUAUUAAUAAGAACUUUGAUCAGUACACCAUUGACCCGGGAACACGAUACCCGAACUUGAACUCGAGCUGUGUUCGACCUCACCAGGUGAGACAAUUAUAUGUUACCAAUGAGCUGCACCGCUGUCCUCUUGAAAGAGUGAGCUCUAUCAGGAGAUCAGUGAACCUCACCAGACAGGAGUCAGACAUUCGGCCUAACAAGCUUCUGACGUGGUGCCAGAAGCAGACAGAGGGCUAUCGAAAUGUCCACAUCACUGACCUGAGCAGCUCCUGGAGGAGUGGGCUGGCACUGUGUGCCAUCAUCCAUCGCUUCAGGCCUGACCUCAUUGACUUCGAUUCCCUGAAUGAAGAGGAUGUGGUCCAGAACAACCAGCUGGCGUUCGACGUGGCUGAGCAGGAGUUUGGGAUCCCCCCAGUGACCACGGGGAAGGAUCUGGGGUUGGCUGGGGAGCCCGACAAGCUGAGCAUGGUGCUGUACCUGUCCAAGUUCUACGAGCUGUUCCGGGGCACCCCUCUGCGGGCAGUAGAUGCUACUGAGAAGCAAAAUGGAGAAAAUAACGACCUCGGUUCAGCAAAAUCAUCAAAUUUCAUCUUUAACAAUUAUAUCAAUUUAACUUUACCAAGAAAACGAGUGCCAAAGGCUGAAGGGAAAUUGGAAGAAAAUGACACCAACAAAAGACGUCGGAAAGGACUGUUUGGAGUGUUCACAGAGGCUUCAGGCUUGUCAAGCCAAGGGACAAAUAUUGGGAAAGAACAGAGUGAUGGCAGAGAAGGAACAAACCAGAACAAAGUCAAAUCAAUGGCAACUCAGCUGCUGGCAAAGUUUGAGGAGAAUGCCUCMAAUACAAUUUUGAAGAGACAGUUUCAGGUGGUAGCUAGGAGUGAACUCGAGGUCAGGGAACCCCAACAGUCUUUAAAUGGUUCUGAUCCUAUGGCCAGGAGAGCAAAGCCUGUGCGUAAAGCAGAGCCCCAGCCCAGUCUGCCAGAAACCUCUGARAAUCUGGCAUCUGCUUGUUCAGCUGCAUUUGUGCUUUCUGGAGUGCUUGAGCGUCUGCAGCACCUGGAGGAAAAAAUGAAACAGAAAAGAGCUCAGACCAUAGCAAAUAGGGAAUUCCAUAAAAAGAACAUUAAAGAGAAAGCAGCACACCUCGCCUCAAUGUUUGGAUACAUGGAGUUUCCAAAGGGUUCUCUGCGAAAAGAAUUCCCCAAGUCCAUCGGGGGCAGUGACAUUUGUUAUUUCUGCAAGAAACGGGUCUAUGUCAUGGAGCGGCUGAGUGCAGAAGGUCACUUCUUCCACAGGGAGUGCUUCAAGUGUGAAAUCUGCUCCACAACACUCCGCUUAGGAAUUUAUGCCUUUGAUGUGGAGGAAGGUAAAUUUUACUGUAAACCUCAUUUUACGCACUGCAAAAUCAGUACAAAACACAGRAAGAGAAGAGCAACAAUACAGGUCCAUGGAAAGGAGGCGUUAGAAGCAUGGAAGCAAGUGGAAGGCAGAGGCAGAGAGAGCAGCAGAGCAAGGCCUGUGUGUGGUGCUGGCAGUGCAGAGGACAGGUCCCCAGGCCGCUGCCUGCCCCUGCCCGAUGAGCCCAGUUCCCCCAAGAAGGCCAAGAGCAUCCCUGAACACUCCGAGCUGGAGAGCUGGGGCUCACCCCCGUCCCCAGAGUGGGCCAUCGUGAGGGUCAUCCCCGAGGAGGAGAUGGCUGAGCACAACCUCCUCGCUGUGCGAGUCAUGGUCACCAGCGAUACCAGCAGCUCKGAGCUGGAGUCUGAUGUCCAGGGUGACUCGUGGCACUGGGAGGUGAGCGAAGGGCAGACCCCGCUGCCGGAGCCCCCUGCCCGUUCCAGCCCCAUCCCGAGAUGGGCAGCGCUCAGCAGGAGCCCUGGGCUGCCCGAGGACAGCUCCAGAACAUCCAAAGUGGCUGAUGCACUCCAAAGAGCCAACAGUUUCCAGUCCACGGCAUUAAAUAAAUAUCAGAAUUGGAGGAGAAAAAUCCAAACGAGCUUUCCUCUGCUGUCCAUCAAGAAACCUGGGCUAAAGGAGAGCUCAGGCAGCUGCCAGAGCCAUCCUGGAGAGGAGCAUUCCCAAACACAGUUGGCUUCUUACAAGAAGCCACAAGAAAUUAGAAGAGGAYAUUUCAAACCGUGCAGCCCAGUAUUUCAAAGAAAAGAAAACGCCAGGGAGAUGCUKGAAGAUGCACAUCCCAAUGUUCCCCACUGUCCUUAUCAGAGCAGCACAAGUUCUCCACAGAGCCCUCUUGGCAGUGGGACAGUGGCUGCUGAUUUUUAUGAGCCUGAAGACACAGACAGUGACAUUGGGACAUACUCAGCCCGGGACUGGAAGGAAAAAACACGGAGAAAUACCUCUGAAGCAGAGGAUUUUACUAGGAAAACAAAAGUGCUGUCAUCUCUGGGUUUGAAAGAGAAAGAUGGCAAAAAUACCAGGCACCCAGAAGAAAAGCUUGAGCAAGAAAUAAAGAGGCUGGGGCUUUGUACUCAAAAGCAACCUUUGUAUGGCUCCAAGAGGACAGACCCCGGUGGGACCAGUCUGGGGUGUGGAAAUGAUGGAGCCCUGGGCACUCAGGAGAAGAGGGGCCCUGGCUGGAAAAAAGAAGAAGUGUUCAAAGCAUCUGGCUGUCCUGUGUCYCCCUUACUUGCAGGUGAUGCUCCAGCUGUGCCAGCUGACAGAAAAGAUGCUCUGAGGAUUCCAGAUGUGGUGUGCAGGGAGCAUGCAACGGGCCAGCCCAAAUCCCCACUGAGGCUCUUGGCURAUGCCAUCAAAAGGUCCAUUCUGGAGCCUCUGACCUCAGCUCCAGAAGGAUUAAAGCAGGACUCCGAGAGCAAAGUCAGAGCUUCUUCUGAACAGGUUUUCUUCAGCUUCCCCAGCACUCCUGGGUAUUCCCUAAGCCAAAGGAACAGCAACAACAAUAACACCCAGUCACAGGAUCCUGAAGGAACAGAGUGGGCAGAGAAAUAUUUAGGAGAUGGGAGCCCUUACUCAAAUCUCUCUCACUCUUCCAGUGGCUCUGAAGAGAUAUCUCUAAGGGAUUAUUCCUUACCACCCUACAGUGCUCACUCCUCCUGGCCUUCCAAGCAAAGCCCCAAAUCUCAGGAAUCAGCUGGCACCAGGAUGGAGGAGGUGCCAGGACUCCUGGAAAGGUUUACCUUUGAAGAUAGUUUKCCUUUGAAGACAGGGGCUCCCAUGGAUGACACGUGCAUCUGUAAGGAAAAGUCAAUUCUUCCUUCAUCUCCAGAGCCCCAGAAUGCCCUCAAGGACAAUCUGGACAGCUCUGCUCAAAAGGGAUUGUUCUGCAAUAGGGUGACAAGGACAGCUCAUGAAAGAGAAGGGAACUCCUUGGUGUCAUCUCUGCCUGUCAGGAGAGAGCAGACUGCAGAGAGGUUGUUCUAUCCUUUCACAGGAUUCGAAUGCCUACCUGUCAGAAAACAAGCUGCUGAGUAUUCUACUUCAUCCUCUGACGAGGAAUUUGAAUCCAAGCUUUCAUUAAUGCACCAGGCAAAAAGGGCUCUCAGAAAGAGAAGGAAGCUGGAGAAGGAGACAAAGCAGCUGAUUAAACAAGAGGAGCUGAAGAGGCUUCACAAAGCACAGGCAGUCCAGCGCCAACUGGAAGAACUGGAGGAAAGACAAAGAGCUCUGGAGAUUUUUGGUGUCGAACUGGAGAGAGAACUAAGAGGAGAAGCAGAUCCAGGCACAAAGGAUGAAAAUCAGAUGCUACAUGAAUGGUUUGAGCUGGUCAUGGAGAAGAACAAAUUAAUGCGUUAUGAGUCUGAGCUCCUGAUUAUAGCCCAAGAGCUAGAACUGGAGGACCACCAAAGCAGGCUGGAACAAAAGCUGAGAGAGAAAAUGGCCAUUGAUGACAGCCUUAAAGAUGAGCUGGAUCGGAAUGAAGAGGAUGAAAUUUUUACUGAGAUGAUGAAAGUGGUUGAAGAAAGGGACAGACUCGUGUGUGCCUUGGAAGAGCAGAGAGUGAARGAAAGAGCACAAGACCAGCACUUUGAAAGCUUUAUAUUAUCUACAGGUUAUCAGCUGAGCAGGAUUUAAACAGCCACAUGCAAAGAAACAUUCUUUCAGCAAUAGUGCCCAUCACAGAGAUACAAUCUUCUGGAAAAUGAAGGAAUUCAAAUUUAGAAUCAGCUUAUUUGGGAAACACAUCAUUUUGUUAUCAAAAGCAUUAAAGCUGUUCUUCUGCUUGAAAAGAACUGUACCAGAGACAGUAAUUUUAUUGUCAGCCCAAAGGAGCAGUGGAACACAGAUUUGGACUGAAUUUGCCUGUCUGAUGGGCACCAGGGUCUGUGAAAGGGAAAUCAGAGCUCCAUUAUUCUCUUGGAAUUUUAUUUUAAUGCUGAGAGCAGAGUUUCUGAGGAACAUGAUGACAUCAUUUAGUAUUUCUGACACAGCCUUACUUUCCAUCUGUUUGUCUGAAUGUCUUUGUGGCUUUGUUAAUAUUUUGGCACAGCCAAGCCAUGGUCAACUAUAGAGAAGUCAGAAAAGAAGCAUCUCAUAAAAAYAGGGUUAGUUUUUAUUUGGGGUGGCGGAAGAGUCAUUUGACUAAUGACUACAUAUAAGAACUYACUCAAACUACUGUAAAUGCAAUGUCAGCAAUGAAUUUUCCAUGUAUUUUAAGUUUUACUGCACUGUGUAUUUUUGAACAAGAAGUUAAAGCAAUGUUAAAUCCCUGUAUUUUGUAAAAUACUAAGGGAUUAUCAAGGGGUGACUAUCCUUACAGCUGUUUCAUGCUCAUAAAGUUUUUGUAUAUCAGAGGUUAAGGUCUUUAAAGUAAAAAAUAAUUUAAAAAUAGCAAUUCAGACCCAACUGAUGUGUAUAGAGCACACUUUACUAUGGUGGACUUCACAAUUUCUUCAUAAAGUAUGUCACAAGUUGUAUUGUUGGGUGUGAUGCAUGGAGUAGUAGUUUAAGACCUYCCUGAGAACAAUUCCUUAAAAGCACUGCAAAGAAUGUUGAGUUUUUAAUAUCAACAUUUGGCAGAAAGUGUUGUGGGUCUAUUUGAAUUACAUUUAUCUUGCUGCUUGAGAAGAUGUGCAUAUUUUUUUUUGCUUAAAGGGAUUAUCUUCUAUCUUUYUUGUACAUGCAUUUGUAGAUACUGGCAAAACAGCAUGCAGAAAUUCUCCUAAUUUAAGUCACUUCUUAAAUAUGAGAUAAUUCUGCAAUUUAAGAUUGGURAUAUUCCCAACUGUAUGUGUGAUGCACUAGAUUUUCAAACUGGAAAAAAGGGGAAACUUUCUUUUUGAAUAUCAUUUUACCUCAUGCUCUGAGAAGAUUUGAUGUUCUCAUUAUUUCAUAAAUGGUGCUAAUUUGCAGCAUCUGCCUAUGGUACAGCCAAAGAUAAAAGCAUUCCUGUUUAAAAAGCUUUAAACUGAAAAAACCUCUUGAUGAGUACUGGUGAAUACUUGUAAAGUAACAGACACACUGGAUCCUGUCACAAUAAUUUAUGAAUUAUUUAUCAAUCUUCAGGGGUUGCAUUUUUUUUUCUGUAUUGCAAGAAAUACCCUUUCCAAAGGUAAAAGCAAGUUUUUGCUCUUGGCUGCAGAUAAAAUACCUCUGUUGGUGCAAGCUUUAUACUGUUGCUCUGCAAUAUUUAUUGGUAUUUAUUUAUUGCACUGUUUAAAGAGGGUAAAAGUGUCUGGUUACAGUUUGGAUGUUGUUUCUGAUAUUAAUUUAAAAAUGUGAAUUUCUAACAGCUGUGUACAGCAAAACUGUGCAUUGCAGAGUAGACAGCUUUAUAAGAUUUGGUAAAUAAUAGGCAAUAAAAUAUGGACUAAGAUUUUAAUGUUCUCAGUGACUGUAACUUGAAGGGAUACCCUUAAAAUAAARCAUUCAGAGCUUUAACAUAUAAAUUGUCUUUAAUCACACUGGACAGAUAUGGCAGAAUCCUUAAAUGUAUUUCAAAAACAACCACCAGAUUUUUUUUCCCAUCAUUCAUAGGCUGAGCAUUCCUGAUCUUCAGAUGACAUUUUUACAAUUCAAAAGCCUGUUCACCUGAGCGUUGCUGUUCCAAUAAGCCCUGAGAUUUCAGCUGACAGCAGAUACCUGUUCAGCUAUAAAACCAAACACUAAAGGUGCUUUCCCUUUAGAUCCAGAGAUUUCCAUCCUUGAGAGUAUCAGUCCGCAGAAGCUGAAGGCCUUCAGAACUUUGUGAACUUCAAAAAUAUUCUUUGGAAAUAGUUUUCCAAAGGAAAUAGUUUUCUGGAUGCCCUGUGGUUGUUACACAUGCUCCACCCAAAACUGUCUGCUCUUGGGUGGAAAAACCUGUCAGGCUACUGUUACCUUGCCUGAUAAGAAGUACCUCAGAAGAUUAGAUCCAAAAAUAAACUGUGGAAGUGAUUUAGAAAAUCAUAAACUCUUAAGUCAUUUAAAGCAGGUCUUAGUGUAUUGGGAGAGUAGAGAAAGGGGUAAAAAGAAAAGAGAAGCUAUGUGCACUGUUCACAGGUCAAUUUAAUAUGGUUGGCUUGUAUUAAAAUGUAUUUAAACACUGGUUUGGUGAUGAGUUUUCUUGCUGCUCAAUCUUUUCUGUAACGUGACUCACUAAUUUAUAAUAGAUUUGUUCAUUUUCAAGUUCAUGGCACUGUUGUUUCAGGUAUCAUGUGAUGUGUUGGAAUGUACUGUGUGUGUCUAAGUGGGCUGGUUGUACGAUAUUUUCUAUUUGAAAAAAUAAAAUUUUGUCUCACUCUUUGAAG